CGUCAAAAUAUACAAUGUGAUAGCUGGCUGUCCAACAAUUGCCCCGCUUUCUGUAACCUCAUCAAAGUUGCCUUGUGUUGCCAUGGAUUCUCGAUUUGGUGUUGUAGGGCUCGUCCCUUCAUCUCAUAUAAUAACCGCACGUUGGAUAUUCUGCUCCUAAAGUGCCCAUGAUAUCUACAGCUCAGCGUCAUGUCAAUCCAUGACCAUGCGGAUCGCGUCGCUGCGGAGUUCGAGUACGACGGAGAUCAUGUCAGGGAGGCAGUGAAGCAUUUCAUACGUCAGAUGCGUUAGUAUUUUUGUUGAACUACGCGUUUUCUGAUGAGGGCCUCGGUGCUGAUGGGGGUGCUAUGGCGCAGAUCCCUACUUAUGUUACCACGGUACCUGAUGGCACCGAAAAGGGACUCUAUCUUGCUCUUGAUCUUGGAGGAACCAACGUCCGCGUCUGUUCUGUUGACCUACAUGGCGACACCAAGCUCACUACUGUGCAAUCUAAGACGGCCAUACCGCCCGAGCUAAUGCACGCUGCGACAUUCCGAGAACUCCUCCACUUCCUCGCCCAGCAGAUCGAGCUCUUCCUCCAAACCUACAAUAAUGAUCUCCUCCACGCCCAUCGUGCACGCAAGACGGAGACGUCCCGGGACGGCUUACUUAAGCUCGGCUUCACCUUUAGUUUUGCCUUCAAGCAGCUCGCGCUCAACAGAGGCACCCUCCUCUACUGGACGAAAGGCUUCAACAUCCCGGACGCAAUUGGCCAGGAGCUUUGUGGCCUUCUCCAGGACGAGCUUGAGGCACUGAAUGUCCCUGUCCUCGUGGCCGCCCUCGUAAAUGACACUGUCGGCACUCUGGUAGCCCGCUCGUAUCAAUCCCCUGGCGCAACGACUACCCUGCUCGGCGCCAUUUUUGGCACGGGCACGAAUGGCGCGUAUGUUGAGAAGCUCGCUAAUAUCACCAAAAUGCUCCCCGCUCAAGCCGACGGUAGCGCUGCGCCUAUUCCGUCGGGGGAUAUGAUCUUAAACACGGAAUGGGGUUCCUUCGACCCUGAACUUUUCAUUCUCCCCAACACCCCUUAUGAUGUAGCCGUCGAUCGCGAGUCCGUUCAUCCUGGGAUCCAGAUGUUUGAAAAGCGCGUAUCUGGACUCUUUCUGGGUGAAACGCUGCGCCACGCCCUACUGGCCAUUGCACCGUACAGCGAGACGAUGGUCAUACCGCCCGAUUCGCCGAUCCACAGCCGCUACAGUAUCAGCACGACCUUCCUCUCCUCGGCAGCCAGCGACGAAUCCCUGAGGCUUGAUAUUGUCAGAAGCGAGCUGAAGAGGAUGCUCAACUUGGAUGCUACUCGAGAGGACGCAGAGGCGGUGAAAAAGCUCGUGCUGGCUAUCAACAAACGCGCAGCUAGGUUGGCAGGUGUUGCUAUUGCAGCUAUUGUGGUCAACUCUGGGCGUCUAGCGGAUGUAUCUACGCCGCCAACUUCACCACUAAGUGUUGUAGACGGGAACGCGCCACUUCCAAUCAGCCUCAAAGCUGUGGAGACCGAGAGUGAUGAGGCCAUUUCAGACGUUCACCCGAAACCAAAACUCGAUAUAUCGCCCUACCGCCGCCUUCGCUCUCUCCUCCGGCGUGUCUUCUGUGCCCCUAGCCCAGAUUUGAUAACCCCAGAAUCCGACCUCCCCCCAUCGAAACCGCAAACUCCGCCAACGCACCCUGUAGUCCAAAAUGAGGGAAUCAUAGAUAUCGGCGUCGAUGGCUCUAUAAUCGAAUUUUGCCCCGGCUUCAUCUCCUCCAUCCACAGCGCCCUCCGCGACGUGGAUGAGAUCGGGGUUGAGGGGGGUAGGAGGAUACGAAUUGGGAUUGCGAAGGAUGGGAGUGGGAUUGGAGCUGCGCUUAUUGCGAGGAUGGCCGAACUUGAGAUGGGGCGUGGGAUGAAGUGAUGAAAUGCCGAUCAGGUUUAGAUGUUGAUUGUAGUGAUGGCAAGGAGAAUGGGCUGUGGUUUAGUUAGAGAUUGGCAGGUUGGCAUAUCAGCGAGGGAUAUAAAUGGACUGCCUGGCGCUAUAAUUUUAUAAAGCGCUUUUAUGUGCACUUUUAUGUAGGCAACUCCGUGACUGGCUGGGAUAAAAAUUGCACAGUUACCCGCUACGUUCACUUGGAAAUCAGAAAG